AUGGGAGGUUUUCGGCGAAGCCCGGAGAAAGCUGGCCUCGCCGUUUCGUACGAGAGGCUUAAGGUGAAGCCCCAGCUAGAAGAAAAAGAAGGGAAAAUCUUUGAUGUCUUCACUGCAGUGGAGUUUAAAACACAGGUGGUUGCUGGAACAAAUUACUUCAUCAAGGUCCAUGUUGGCAAUGAUGAGUUUGUGCACCUGCGAGUGUUCAGAAGCCUUCCUCACGAGAAUAAGCCACUCAGCCUUCACAGUUACCAGAGCAGCAAGACUAAGCAUGAUGAACUGACAUAUUUCUAGCAAGCUUAUCUUGUGCAUUUUCCUAAUGGCCACUUAUGUGCAUUUUCUGUAGGCUGCAACACGUUGACCCUUGUGCAAGCGAGGACAAGAAUUUGUCUCUUUGUAAAGCUAAUGCUGGAAAAAAACUAUUUCUUAUCUGCAUUUUCCCCAGUGUGCAGUAUCUAAAUGAGGGCCAUAGCUCUCCUUUCACCUACACUAAUGCAACUUGACUAGAAUACUGUGCCUGAGUUAAGUUUGUGGACUUCCCUGGUCUGUAAAUUGCAAGGGGAAUCUUAUUAGCAUUCAUGUAUCUGCAGCAAGGAGCAAGAGGAAAACCUGCAUCUUCCCUGUGCCAUUUUGCCAGAAUGAAUGUAUGUGUAGAUUUAAAUUGGUCCAUGUUUUUAUUUCAAGGACCUAAAGACAGGGAGACUUGUGCAGGAGCAGAUCUGAAAGCAUGAAAAAGAGGAGGAGUGUAGCCUUGAAACAAACAUUCCUUUGGUUAUCAUGUUUAUCUUCUGGCAGCAGUAGGAUAUAAUGUCCAGCAGAGGGUGUAUGAGUUGAAAAAUUGCUUAUUUUCUGAUUCCUAAGGAAAAGUCCUGGAGAGAAAGUUAAAGUGGGCAAUGUAUCUGCAUAAAUAACAAUAAAUACUUCUAUUGAGUUUAGACUGUA